AGUUAAUUGGUGAAUAAUCGAUAUCUUUAACUGAUUCUUUAAAUGUGAAUAUUCUGAAAGGUGUACUUAUUACUUGAUGCACCUGUUAUACGAUCAAAUUGAUGCAAAUUACAGCUUCCAGUUCUGCUCCAAACAGGAAUGGAUUUCUCUUCCAGACUCCUACCAGCCGAGACUCCUACUAGACUCCUAAUACCAGCCUGCAAUGGACCACAUGAAGUGCAUGUCUUCACUUGGUACAUGUGUUUCUGAAUCAAACCUCCCUGUGGAAGGAUUCUGUACAUGGCCAGAGAAGUCAUGCUGUAAUCACAGGGAUCUAAUUAGAGAGGGAAAAGAGAAGCCUAGAGACUCGCCCUGCAGGCCCAGGAAUACCCAUUGCUGUUCUACUGCUGCACAGUACAGUACACCCAAAACGAACACCAUAACUUUAACCGUUAGGUCAAAUUGUUGUUUUACUCCCCUACCCCCCACACACACAUUCUUUAAGAUCCUAAUGAAGGAUAUAUUUGUUAAGUUUGAAGUAAGAACAUGUAAGUUGUAUCUUGUACAUUUCCCCUGCAGAAGCUAUUCUUUUCCUGUUAUAUUCAGUGCCUACAUCUCAAACCGCAUGUCUGAGAUAAAGCACACACAAAUAUUCCAUCUAUCUUCACAAGUAUCGAGUGAAGAAUCAUGUUUUGAGUCCCCACUGCACUAGAACAUUUAGAGGUUAGUGGAUGUGUUAUUAAAAAGAAAAAGAGGGAGGAGAGUCUAGAAAUAGAGGGAUGGUGCAGACCGAGCCGGGUGGAGUCUUCUUGUAACCUCUUCCCCGGCCACAUUUCUCCUUCCAUCCCUGUCUCUGCCGCUCCGUCAGCUUGUAUCCUAAGAACAAAGGGAAAGAAUUCUGUACCCGAGACGUCUUCCAAGAAGAUCAACAUAGAAGGCUCUGAAGAGGAGAAUGAUGGUGUCCUCCUCUGGUUUCACAUCUGUUGCGGCAGUGCUGCUGUUUCUGGCUAGUGGCUGCCGCUGCUCUCCGCUCCUCUUCAAUGCCUCCAUGGACGGAGGCAGCGGAGACAGAGGAGAGCCAGAGCUCCUGUUCCCCACCUCCUUCUCCACUAGGCCCCCGGCCCCAGUGGAGGAGGGGAGCGCCCAGGUCACCUCGGCCCCUCCCUCCCUGGUCAACGGCAUCACCACCACCAUGAUCCGCCUCAAGGACUUUGUGCUGAGCCGUGUGGUGGACUUCCUGCAGGAGUAUAUGCUCAUCAUCAUCGUGGUGGCUUCCCUCCUCAUUGUCAUGGUCUUCAUUGUGUGCUGCGCCUCCGCCAUGAGCCACAAGCGCAAGCUGGAGGCCUAUAAGCCCCCCGCCGGUGCCCCGGCUUGGAAGGCCCAGGCCGCCGUGGCCACGGCCAAUCCUGUGGAGGAGUACCGACCCUACGCCGUGGACCACGUGAAGAGCGUCCAGAUCCAGACUGCCAUGACCUCGCCCAAGAACCUGCGCAUGCCGUCCAAGGCACUGGUUGGGGAGAAGGGCAGGGAGGGGAGGUCCUCGCCUCCCCAGGAGGUCCGAAAGGUGAGAGAGACGGAGCCGAUGAUGGAGAGGAGGAGGGAGGAGGCCAGGAGCCCUAAGGAGCAGCUGAAACAGAAAGAGGAGGCGCAUGUGGUCUGCACCUGCCACCAGAAGAUGGCCCACCACUAAGGGAAGGCUCCAACUGGCUCUCUUGACCACCGUUGAGUUGAGGUAGCUAGAUUGGAAGAUUAAGUAGAA